AUCUGGGGAGGGGAACGGUACCAAACGGGAAUUCAGUUGUACUUCCGGCGUGAAAGGUCACACCAAAAUGGCGCCGUCCAAGAAGAAACACGCCAAGAAUCAGGCUUCUGUUAUUCCUGGAGGAUUUACGGUGUUGUCCUUACAGUUCAGCUCCGAUAGCGCCGCCAGGCACUCGCUGUACGUGAAGGAGCACCGGGUGCGAGCCGAGAAGAGUUCCCACAGACCGCUGGACCGGACUUUAUUCGUGCUAAACAUCCCUCCAUACUGCUCAGAGGAUGUUGUCAAAGAUUUAUUCUCGCAGUUUGGCAGCAUUCAGUCAGUUGAGCUGAAAGACCACCCGGGGUCCUCCCAGGAGGCUGGACCCAAACUGUCCAAGUUCUUCAAACCAGCUGAAAAACAGGGCUUCAAAGUUGGCUAUGUUGUAUUUCAAAACGCCUCCAGUUUACCAGCAGUUAAAUCACACCCACAUGAUGUGCCUUUGGUGGUCUGCACAGAGCAGCGCCCAGUCAAAACAGGACUGCAGAAGUGGAUCCAGCAGUACACAGACUCCUUUAUCCAACCGGAGCAGCUGCAACAAAAAGUCGACUCUUUUAUGGAAGACUACGAUAAGCAUAAAGAAGAGGAAGCGGAGCGGCAGAAGAAGGAGGCCGAGGAGGAGCAAGAAGAUGAAGAGGGCUGGGUGAAAGUCACGAGAGGGCACAAGGGUGCCAAGGCGCGUCCUCACAGCGAAGCAGCCAAUCAGAGGACUCUACAGAGGGAGAUAACGAAGAAGAAGAGGAAGGAGCUCUUGAACUUCUACACCUGGCAGCACAGAAACACGCAGAAAGAACAUAUCGCUGAACUAAGGAAAAAGUUUGAGGAGGAUAAACAGAGAAUAGCUCUGCUGAGGGCACAGAGGAAGUUCAGACCUUACUGAGUCAGCUGCCCGUUUUUUCUUCUCAUUUCACUGCUUUUGUGUAUUUCAGUUGCAUUAUAAAGGUUUUAUGUUAAUAAACUGGUAUUCUGACUUUAUUUUACGAUGAUUAAAUUUCUCGCUCCUCACAUUAAUGAUAGUAAAUCUAGUGAAGCACAGUAAAGCUACAACAUGAAGUACGGAAAUUUUAUAAAACAGCA